UCAGUUUGGGGACCCCUGGGGGAAGUGGGAAUUCCAGAGCCGGCGGAAAGUGUCUAUUUAUGAUCCUCUCUUCUCUGCCAGUGGAAGCGUCUGAGCGUCUUAAGGAACUGGCGGUCCGGUAGAGGUUUUCCGCUUUCUUGCAGCGGAUCACAGGAGGUGCCUGAAAAGGGAAUUUUUGGGCUAGCGGCUGAGCAACUCCGGGGCCCGCAGUUGUGCCGAUCGAACCCAGCAGAUCCAUCCGCGGGGUCUCCGGGAGUGAAGCCUGAGGCGCCCCUCGAGGCGCUCUGGGACAGCGCGUGGGACCCCGCCCCCUCGUGCCACGCCUUAAAGGGCACCAAGGCCCGGGGCGCACGGUGGCCACGGUCAUGGAGGGUACUCUCGCCGCCAACUGGAGCACCGAGGCGGUCAACGCGAGCGCGGCGCCGCCGGGGGCCGAGGGCAACUUCACUGCCGGACCGCCGCGGCGCAAUGAGGCCCUGGCACGGGUGGAGGUGGCCGUGUUGUGCCUCAUCCUCUUCCUGGCGCUGAGCGGCAACGCGUGCGUGCUGCUGGCGCUGCGCACCACGCGCCACAAGCAUUCGCGCCUCUUUUUCUUCAUGAAGCACCUGAGCAUCGCCGAUCUGGUGGUGGCCGUGUUCCAGGUGCUGCCACAGCUGCUGUGGGACAUCACCUUCCGCUUCUACGGGCCCGACCUACUGUGCCGCCUGGUCAAGUACCUGCAGGUGGUGGGUAUGUUCGCCUCCACCUACCUGCUGCUGCUCAUGUCGCUGGACCGCUGCCUGGCCAUCUGCCAGCCGCUGCGCGCGCUGCGCCGCCGUGCCGACCGCCUGGCGGUGCUCGCCACGUGGCUCGGCUGCCUGGUGGCCAGCGCGCCGCAGGUGCACAUCUUCUCGCUGCGCGAGGUGGCCGACGGCGUCUUCGAUUGCUGGGCCGUCUUCAUCCAGCCCUGGGGGCCCAAGGCUUACAUCACGUGGAUCACGCUCGCCGUCUACAUCGUGCCUGUCAUCGUGCUCACCGCCUGCUACAGCCUCAUCAGCUUCAAGAUCUGGCAGAACCUGCGGCUCAAGACGGCAGCGGCGGCGGCGGCGACGGAGGGACCCGAGUGCGCGGCGGCGGGCGGCGGCGGGUGCGCGGCCCUGGCGCGCGUGAGCAGCGUCAAACUCAUCUCUAAGGCCAAGAUCCGCACAGUGAAGAUGACCUUCAUAAUCGUGCUGGCCUUCAUCGUGUGCUGGACGCCGUUCUUCUUCGUGCAGAUGUGGAGCGUCUGGGACGCCAAUGCACCCAAGGAAGCCUCGGCCUUCAUCAUAGCCAUGCUCCUGGCCAGUCUCAACAGCUGCUGCAACCCCUGGAUCUACAUGCUCUUCACAGGCCACCUCUUCCAUGAACUCAUGCAGCGCUUCCUCUGCUGCUCCUCCAGCUACCUGAAGGGCAACCGGCCGGGAGAGACGAGCGUCAGCAAAAAGAGCAACUCGUCCACCUUUGUUCUGAGCCGUCGCAGCUCCAGCCAGAGGAGCUGCUCCCAGCCAUCCAUGGUGUGA